AUGAACUCGCCUCGCGCCUCUUCGACAGGCACCGAAUACAAUCCACGCAAGCGUGGCAGGACAGCAUGUACACGCUGCAAAAGUCGAAAACAAAAGUGUGACAAUGAGUAUCCUAAUUGCACAAAUUGCCGGAAGGCUGGUGUUGAGUGUGACAAAUCUUCGGUCAGCCUCGAAAGCGAGAACAAUCCGGGAUACACUCGGGCUCUAGAAGAGCGUAUCGCAUUUCUAGAAGGCAGAUUAUCGGAGUUUACAGAGCCCAAAGCUGCAGACUCAAUCUCAAGUGAUAGUGCUACCCGAAUUAUCCACCCCAUGUCCGCUGCUUCCCAGCGACAAACACCAGACACUGCCCAAAUGGGAACGAGUAGCAGUACACUUGGUGAAAUCGUUGGAUUUUUGUCCCUUAAUCCAUCAGAGUCACCAGCCUAUAUUGGUUCGAGCUCGGGCCUGUCAUUGGCGGUAAAUUUGGGCGAAAUGGUACGGGCAACAGUCAUGACCAAGGCAUUUCCGGAUUCUCCAGAAAGCAGAAAUCAACAGUCAAAUCGUACUGGUACUGCAAAUACAACUAGCGUAAAUCCUUCCUACAAAGCAAUUAAUCUGGAUGAACUGCUGAAGCAUCGCGCCAAUCCUCCCAAUGACGAAAUGGGCUCGCGUAUACUUGAUGCUUACAUUGGUCGGAUCCACGGUAGAUAUCCUUUCCUUGACCGAGAUGAGCUGUGGAGACUGCAUCAUGAUCGUUGGAAUCUUGCAAAAAUCAAGCCGGAAAAUCUGACACAGGCUCAACGCUUUGGCAUAUUUCGGCUCUACAUGGUGUAUGCUAUUGCAUCAACAUUGAUGUCGCUAAGUGAAAAAUAUGACUAUACUGCUCCUGAGAAGUUCUAUAUGACCGCUAUUCAGCAUGUCGCGGCUGCGUGUGAAACUAGGUCGAUCCAGAAUAUCGAAGCCAUGCUGCUCCUAGUAAUAUAUCAUCUUCGCUCCGCCACCAGCCAUGGCUUGUGGUAUAUGAUAGGGCUUGCCAUGCGAACCUGCAUCGAUCUUGGACUGCACCGCAGAAGCAGCGCGACACAAUUGGAUCCAUAUACAGUCCAGCUUCGCCGACGCCUAUUCUGGACUGUGUACUAUUUAGAACGAGCUAUUGCACUCUCCUUGGGCCGACCUGUUAGUAUUAGCGAUCGACACAUCGAUGUUGACUUACCUCUAGAUGUGGAUGAUCACAUACAUGAUCCUGCCAUAUUGGUCGCUGAGCAAUCGCAACUAAACACGACCAAAAUAACAAACUUGUCUUUCUUCCGCGCUCUUUUGCGGAUUCGUCGGAUCGACUCCCAGAUUCAAAAUACCAUUUAUCGUGCUGACAGGCCACUGCAAGAGCUUAGGCCGAAACUAGACAAAAUAUACCGUCUACUAGAAGAGUGGAAGACUUCUGUAGUCGUCCAUCUCCCAAGUGACUUAGACCAUGCGAUGCUGCAUUACAACCGAGCAGUUCGUCUACUCAUUCAGCCAUUUCUGCCUUUACUUCCUCUCACCGACCCAUACUACCACAUCUGUCUCCGAGCGUCAGGAGAUAUCUGCCAAGUUCACAAGAAGCUCCAUCAAACACUGGAGUAUGGCCAUUCAUUCCUUGCUGUGCAAACAGUGUUUGUGUCUGGUAUAACAAUGCUAUACGCGCUUUGGGCAAAUACCGAGAAAGUAUGGUCCGUCCGUAUGAGUAAUGACAUCCGAGCUUGUUCGACUGUUCUAUUCGUGAUGACCGAGCGCGCUCCCUGGGUCAAACGAUAUCGAGAUACAUUUGAGCUCUUGGUAAAUGCAGCAAUGGAAAAGCUGCAGGGCAAUGAGGCGGCAAAGACAUCUGGUAUGGCGGGGAUGAUGGCUGCACAGGGUUACGGCCAUAACAUGAACGAUGCGAAUCCCAAUAUGUAUCAGGCCACACCGAAUGUGCCAAUGAUGGCUGGCACAACUGUGGUGCCACCGAGUAUGUCAGAAAGUGUGCCCGGUUUCCCUGAACUUCCUGGUUUCGUGUCACAAGACAAUCAGCAACAACAAGCACAAAGUCAAUUCAACUUUGAUAUAUCCGAAGAUGCUAUGCGGAUGGCCAUGGAGUUGGCGCCGUGGAUCGAUCAGGAAUUGGGUGGUGAAGGUGCUACCACUACACCUUUGUGGAUGCCUGAUUUUGAUACUUUGCAGAACCUGACUAGUCUUUACCAAUACUGA